AUGUUCUCUGACGAUGAUGACAGGUUUCUUUUCAAGUCUUUUGAGUGAGAACUUAGCAACGAAUAGAAAAUUUCUUUUUUUCGAAAAAAAGUUUGCCAGAACGUUCCCCAUUGUUCAAAAAAUUUGCACUAUUCUUUUCUCUGACUUCGAUUUGCCGCGCAUUUUGACUGAUGAGCUGGAUUUGCUCACGUCGCAGCAUUUCACAUCGCCUGGAUUAGUCAUCGAAGACGCGAAGAAUUCCCGCGAUCGUCUUUUCGAGAGUUUGUUUGACUCCAUCUGCCGUGGUUUUCAGUCGAUCUCCUAUUUUGGAAUUUCUUCUGUAUUCUGUAUCUAUAACCGUCUAAAAACACUUCGAAUUAUUACGUCUUAUUGAUGUGAUCUGCGUAUAUUCUUCAAACCUUGAAGUGAUAGAUGAGCGGUUACCAGACAGACGAUGGAGAAUUCGGAAGUUCUGAUGGCAAAAAUUACUAUUCUACAACCUCAACCUCUGAAGAUUAUUAUUAUGCGAUACGGCAACCGCGAAAUAUGUUUGUCAACUUCUUCAAUUUAUUCUCUAUCAAAAAUUUUUCUAAUAACUAUAUAGGCAAAGAGUGUUACAAUAGGAGUAGGGGAAAAUCGAAAAAAGAGUCCUUCAAUUUUUUUCCAUAUGUAAAAAACACCUUAAUGAGUUUCUCAAUUUAGGAAAAAUCCUUCUUACUUUUCUUAAAUACUAUCCAAAUCUCGGAAAAGCGGAAUAUACUUUUAAAAAGUGCACCCGAACUAUUGACGUUGAAUUUGAACGGAGAAGCCCGGCUCAUAAAUCCAGCACAUUACCCUGUUCGAGCGGAUCAUGAGGGACGCCGCGAAUCACUUUUUUUUUCCUGUUCUAUGUCCUUCAAUGUGUAAUAGUGCACGCCGCGUAAUGUGCCUUUGUUUUUUUUUUCCUGUUUGUAAUUUCCCGAGGAAGUUCAGAUGAAUGAAAAGUUAUACAUAAGCAGACCUUCUUGGCUUUAAAAAAAAAACUAAUUUGGAAAGAGUAGCUGUAAAGUUUUAUUUUCUGAAAAAAGGCAUGAAAUGACCUACUUCUAUUAUAAAAUGGAUAUUUAAGUCCAUGUUGUAAGUUUAAUUUGAAAGAAUUAAUCCGAACAAGAUUCACGGAAGGAGUUUUGAAUGAGUAUUUUUUGGACUACUGAACAUCUUUUUUUUUACGCAUCAACUGAAAUUUUGAAAUAGACAAUGCCAAUAAAAAGAAAGCGAAUGGAAUAACCGUUUUCCAGAGGCUCGACGACGACCGACUUCACUUCGGUUUCCAGACAACAUGAAAAAAUGGCGAGAAAAAGAAGAAGUCGGCGUAAUUUCAGACGACCAUCGCGAGCUUCGUCUUUUUCGAGCAUUACUGGUAAAAAUUGCUUUCCUCCUUGAAAUAUUUUUAAAAUUAUAAUGCUUCAAUGUGUAAUGUUUUUUCAGAUGUGAUUCCUUAAAGAUGCAAACAAUAGACUAAAAAUAACUCUUUGUCUUCUCUUUUUAAAGAUUUUUUGAGGGCAAUGAAAAUAAUGUGAUAAGUUUUAUGAGUCAAAUUUAUUUCUCCCUACUUCGAUUUCUAGAACACUCCUUUUCUUCUUUGACAACGUGACGUUUCAGAAUCAUCGAUGAGUUUGGACGUGAUCACAGUGACGCUGAACAUGGACACGGUCAACUUCCUGGGAAUUUCGAUCGUCGGACAAACGUCUACACGUGGAGACAAUGGAAUCUACGUCGCCAACAUCAUGAAAGGUCCUUUCGAUUUUCAAAUGACAAUACUUCUUUCAAUAAGUUAAGCUUAGAUCUUCAGCAACUUUUUUGGACCCUCCUUUCGAAAAAAAGGUUCUUCUAGCAGUCGAUGUAUAUUUUGUGGGCAAAGAAUUGAGAGAAUUUUCUAAUGAUUUCGAUUUGCUUUUUUCCAUGGUUAUAAAUUUGAGGCGGCGCUGUUGCUUUGGAUGGACGGAUAGAAGCGGGCGACAUGAUCUUACAAGUCAACGAUAUUUCUUUCGAGAAUUUCACCAAUGACCAGGCUGUUGACGUCCUCAGGUACCUUUUUGACAGCUUAGUUGUUCUUUCUUUGGUUAUUUAUAAAUCUAUCAGGUACUCAAAGUUUUUAUGUUAUCUCCAGGAGAUAACUAACUUCAAAUAAAUCAAAGAUAACUUUGAAGUUUAUGGGUAAUGUCGGUGGUCGUCAACAGCUGGAAAGGAUGAAAGGGUUGUUUCAGGGAUGCUGUGAGUCGGAGAGGGCCGAUCAAACUGACAGUGGCCAAGUGCUUCGAGAACGGACCGAAGAGCUGCUUCACGAUCCCGCGGAACAGCCGCGAGGAGCCCGUCCGUCCGAUCGACACCCAGGCCUGGAUCCAGCACACCAACGCGAUGCGUGGCAUGCCAAGCAUAAUUGAAGGUCUCUUUUUGUGAAUCCGACGCCGGCAAAGUGACGUUUCCCCGAUUUCCGUCUUGUGCACUUUCAGAAAUAAAAAUGAACCCAACUAAUGAAAAUUUUUGAUUUUUUUGGUAUUUUCCGCAAAUUGUAUUUUUUCCAAAUGAUGAUUUAUUUUCCAGCUUUAAUUGAAAUAUUCAUUAAUAGACUUGAUAUUUGCAGGAUCUGAAGGGGCGCCAACGCCGAUACCAGGAGAAUGGCCUCACGGAAGGCCAGCGAGCAGCUCGACGGUGACGUCGACGGGCUCUAAUGGGCAGAAUACGGUAGUUGGACAGUCGCAAAUUCGGCUUGACAUCCAUACGGACAAGAAAAAAGUAUCCUUUUCCGUUUUUUAUCUUUCCAAAGCAUAAUUUUGAGGUCGUCGAAGUGAUGGCGAUGCCUGCGUCUGGACUCGACAUCAAGAACCGGACCUGGUUGAAAAUUCCGAUACCCAUGUCGUUCCUUGGUGAGACUUUGUCUAUCUGUAGCGAAAUGAAAACUGAAUCAGAAUGAAGAAAACGUUUAUCAUUGAGUUCAAAAUCAUUCUUUGGGAUUAUGAAAAGGCAAUUGAUAUUCAGCAAUGUUUCAAAUACGAGUUUUGGUUUUUUGCAGGCUCUGACCUCGUAGAAUGGCUGUUGGACCAUGUGGAGGGCUUGCGAGAGAGAAAAGAUGCUCGGAAAUACGCCUCGGACUUGCUGAAACAAAAACUGAUAGCCCACGUCGUGAAUAAGAUCACCUUCACAGAACAGUGCUACUACGUUCUCGGCGACGACUGCGCAGGUAAAUUUUCAACUUCUUGAGCUACUAAAAAAGUGGGUUUUUUUCGAAUUUAACUGUAUAACUUAUAUAAGAUUUCUCAGAAAUUUCGUGGGAAAGCCGGUCACAAUUAGCAAAAAACUCAGUCAUAUGAGAGAUUAGGGCGCCUUUUAAUUUAUCCGUGCGUUUUUUUUUCCAUGACCUACUUAUGACGAACAAUCGUGUUUAUUUCGAAUCAGGCUUUCUUUUUUCUGACUUUGCUAUGAAAAGUUCAAUUUCGAACGAGAGUUUCUUCAGAGGUUUCAUCGCGAACAGGAAAAAUGUCCCUUAGAAAAAUGUCUCAGGUAUUGAAAGAAAAUUGCUUUUACAGACUUUGCACGGUAUCGCAACGAAGACGGACAGCCGAAGUGGCAGUGGACCGCGGGCGGACCCCCGCAGAACGUCUUUUUGCCCGCGGGCGUCCAGAAGCCUCCGAUCGCCUCCUCGAUGGUGAGCGAUGCUGCUGCACGCAUGUAUGUUAUGCAUAUCUAGGCACUUUUCAAAUUUUAGCUUCAAUCCUCACCGCUUUUUAUCUCGGCACAGAAGCUGUUUUAUUUUUACCGUUUCGUAGACACGAUUAUUUGCAGACUUUUCAUUGGGAAACAGCAUGUUUUAGAAAAUAUAUUCAUUUUUCAUACGGCAACUUUUAAUUAACCUAGCCUCCAGUUUUUUCCUAUCACUCAAUACGGCUUCUUCGUUGAGUUUUGCGAGUCUCCGCAUGAGGCAAGAGAUCAUUUUCUCAACUUUUUUUAAAAUUCUCUUUGAUAUUUAUAGGCUUGUUCUCUGUACAAAAGUUAUAAGAAACACUUGAACACACCAAAAUUUGCCGGUCGAAUUGUUGCUUUGCACGAUUUAUUUAUGUCACUCAUUUUCUCUUAUUUAUUUGUUUUUUAUGAGCUUAGGAUUUUAAUUAAUUUGCUCCGAAGUUACUUUCCGGUGCUAUAAAGGAGCUUUGUUAAUCUGUAGAUUUUGUUGAACUUGUUUCAUCGAAAAAACAAUUCUGGAAACUAACUCACGUAAUUUGUAAACCGAAUCAACUUCUAUCAUUUUUUAAAGAGUUUUUGUUUAGUUCCUUUUUUUCCAUGUCACAUGUUCUUGUCCAUUUGCACGUGCAAGCUUUGAAAUAAAAUAUUUCUUUGAAAACCUUCCAGUCGCAACCUCAUACUUGCACAAACAUUAGAUAUUGGUCAACUGAUUUGAGCAAAAAAAACUGAGCGAAAGAAAUAUUUUUCACCAGACGGCAGUAGUAAAUAGUUUCCAGCAGGUAUUCUACACUCAAAAAGAAAAGAUGAUUAGCUGGAUUAUAGCAUUUUUGAAUUUUUUUCGGAAAUACCGCUCGUGUAUAUCUACAGUCCAAAUUUGCUCACUUCAGUUUGAAAUUGAAAUGCUAAAGUUGAUUUUCGAGGUGCGUUUGCAGGUGAGCGGCUACGCGUCGAUGCCCGUUUCGCCGUACCCAGUUCAGCUGAAACGGGAAGGCGCUGCCGACAUGCGGAGUCAGGCGAGCGGGGCUUCCGGCGACGGCAGCAGCGGGAGCGACCGAAGACAGUUCGUUUCUUCUUUUUGUUGCAGUCUCUUCUUCCAGGUUCCAUGACUCAUUCAAAACUCUUACUCUCCUUUUCUAAUAUGAAUUUAUGAGAGCAAAUGUUGAGAGAAAAAAUAGCCGUGCUGUAAAUGUUUUUGCGCAAACUUCUUAGAGAUUGAUACCUUUUUCUAAGUAAAAUCGGGCGCCUCUUCUGUCAUAAAAUUGAAAGCUGAGUUGAUAUUGAUUUUUUUUCUAAAAUUAUUUAUGAAUGAAGAGAUCGUAGCAGCAUACAUGGGAUGAGCAUGACUGGCGACAGCCAAAUUUUCAAAAUUUGUACGUAUUUACUGGAAAUUUUGAAUAAAUGGGUCUCGUUUUGAUUAUUAUACUCUUUUUUUCCGAAUUCUUUUUUAGAAACUUUUGUAUUGGAGCCUAUAUCUUUCUGGAUUAUAAUGUCACAAAAUUCCUGAUAGCGAAACCUUGGAAAAGGUUGUUAAACUGAUGAAGACGUUUGCAGUCGGAACGUGAUCCUGCCGCCGAAUCCGUCGUGCCACGGCGGCGCCCUCGACGCGAUGCCGCCGGAGAUGUCGUCGUCACGGCAGUCUUUCCGCAUCGCCAUGAACCACCCCUACGAGUUCUUCGUCGACAAUCUUUGA